GUUUCACUGGCACCUCACAUUCCGAACUGGAUUUACCGGACUCCACCUGUCGCGAGCUCGCGCUCUGUUGUUUAGUGUCUUUAUCGCAAGGGGACAAAACAGCCACUCUGACAUCGGACUGCACGAGACACACAUACUGGAACGACUGCUGUCUGUGUCGACAUGAGAAUAACAAGCGCACCAGCUACCGCCACCUGUUUUACGUUCUGAAUGUUGUUUUUUAUUUUACCCGACGACAGAGGGGGGAACAACAAGCAAAAUUCUAGUUGAUGGUUUUAUCCGCAGUGCCUCAGCCAACCAGCCAGCCGGGGAGCAGUAUGUCAAAGCAGCAGCAGCAGCAGCAGCAGCGGACGCCGUUAAAAGUCAACGACAGUGUGGUGGAGGUCAAGAGCAAAUUUGAGGCAGAAUACCGUCGCUUCGCUCUAAAGAAAAAUGGCCAAGGUGACUACCAGGAGUUCUAUCGCCUCCUCCAGACCAUCCAUCAUAUACCUGGUGUUGAUGUGCUCCUGGGAUAUGCUGACAUCCAUGGGGACCUCCUUCCAAUCAACAACGAUGAUAACUUCCAGAAAGCUGUCUCGUCAGCCAAUCCACUGCUCCGUAUUAUUAUAACCAAGAAAGAGGAUGAACCUGUCAUAUUUGCCAGCAACUCCCUCCAGAGGCGUAAAAAGGGGCUGGGUUUAACUGGGCUGCGCACCACAAGUUCAGGCUCCACCCACUCAAAGAACAAACCAGGUCUUAUGAUUGGCCUCCCUAAAAACUUCAGACAGAUUUCUUCCAUCAUUGAUGUGGACAUUUUACCUGAGACUCACCGACGUGUACGACUUCAUAAACAUGGUACCCACAAACCACUAGGCUUCUACAUUCGUGAUGGGGUGAGCGUGAGAGUGACCCCACAGGGUGUAGAGAAGGUUCCGGGCGUGUUCAUAUCGCGUCUGGUACGUGGUGGGCUAGCAGAGAGCACAGGACUGCUUGGAGUUAAUGACGAGAUCCUUGAGGUGAACGGCAUCGAUGUAGCAGGGAAAUCUUUGGAUCAGGUUACAGACAUGAUGGUGGCCAACAGUCACAACCUAAUUGUGACUGUGAAACCAGCUAACCAGAGGAACAACGUUGUGCAUCGUGGGAGUAAGACCUCGAUGGGGAACUCUGGUUCUGUAGGCUCAGUUGGAUCUACUGGUUCGGCUUUGUCACAUGACUCACCAAGCCCUGCCUCUCAGAGCAACCCUAUUACUGCAAGCAACAGUAUUGCAGAGGGUGACAGUGAUGACGAAGAUGAUGAUGGCGACAUCAUUCUGGAGAAUGACUGUCUGACACCCUGCGACUCCCACAGACUAAACAACAGUAACAACACCAACCUCAACAGAGACUUACCUGUGAAUAGGCAGCACCCCUCCUCCGUGAUGAGGCCCCUCCCACAGAGCAUCUCAUUGCCCAAUAGUGUUGGAGCAUCCUUCAGUGACAGCUUUAUGAUGACGUCCAUUCACAACGAGAACACAGCCAGCAUCAGUCAGGAGAGCAUGAGAGAAGACGGUAACAUAAUAACACUGUAAUCAUGAUGACAGCUACACAAUAACAGUGAGGACUUUGGGAUGUUGCAACCACAGCUGUAUCCAUUUCAACAACAGCUAACUGUGCUCCUUGUCAACCAGAUGUCAAACUCAGCAGCAGCCCCUCUGACAGUUGUUUCCUGUUGACUCAUGCUGAUCAUCUUUUUGAAGAGGCUGAAACCCAAGUCUUAUAGUUAGACUCACUAACAACAUCACACACCGCAGCUUCUUUCUUUGCUUCAAGCAUCGUCUUUUUAUAUUUAUGCUACAUGUGGCUGAUGGUAUGUACACAGCUGCAUUGUCUUUUUCUGCAAGUAAAGAAAAAUCCACUCUAGGGAAAUGAUUUAAAUGCCAUAUGUAUUAACUGGUCAGUAUACUUAUAGAGGGCAGCAUAAUCAAGAAAUAAUUUUAAAUAUUCUUGUUAAAGCCAAAGCUCAGUUUGAUCUCAACAUAUUUAGGAAAUCAUCUCCACCCAAAAGUUCUGCUGCUGUGCUUGGUACUCAAUUGGUUGUUACGGUGUUGUCACUAGUAACGUCGUGACAACACCGCUGUUAAGCAACGGAAACAUGGAUGCCGUAAAGGCUAACAUACGGUACUUGUUGUCUGAUUGUUGAGUACAACAAGACAAUAACCAAACAUUACGAUUUGAUCAAUGCCCAUUUUAAUGGCAACAGUGGGAACAACACACAUAGCCCAUUCAAUAUCCUUUGCUUGUCUUGAUGGUAUUUUGGUACCACAAGUGCACCAUUCAUUCAGAUGAGGUGGUGUAAAGUGAAUUGUUGGUGUUUUUGAGUUUCUCCAUUGGCAAUCUGGUGAUUUGUACCAAAAAUAUUCUAGCUUAGUUGAAUGCAAAAUACAAGUUUAAUGUGAUUAUAGCCAGUAAGUCAGAGUGCACCUUCAGAGUUCUUCCUAUAGUAUCUGUAUUCCACAGCUGCUUUAAACCGUAUGAAAACAUUCUCCUUCAGUGAAUUAAAUCCCUGCAGCACCUGAAGGCAGCAGUACAAAUGUUGAUAAAUUGGCAGGCUGAUUGGAGAUGGGUUGCUCAGAGCAAAGAUAGUUUUUUAGCUAUGAGAGCAAGAGUGCAUCCCCAGUCUUUCCACUCUUUGCAUUGCUGAAUCUACCAAAAAUGCAGAUGGAUGUGCUUAGUGUAUGAGCCCAGGCUCUACCAAUGGUCUCAGUAAUUAUAAUGGUAAAUGAAUGCCCCAAAAAGUAGUAUACCUUACAAUACACAAAAAAUAUAGACCACACAGGAGAAAAUCUGAAAAAGAUUCAAACUUUUCAAAAGCGAUGUGCAAACUUCAAAUUUGUUUCUCUCUUUUAAACUAUUUUGUAAUUAUUUUCAUAAUUUUUUUCACUAAAUCAUUUGUUAUAGAAUAUUAUACAUGAUACAUCUCAUGGGUUUUAGUAACAGUGCAAAUUACUGAAUGAUAAUUGAAAUAGAUAAUAUAUAUAGCAAUAAGCAUUUACAGUCUGGCGUACAAAUAUAGAAACAUAUUCGCUGUGACUCAUAAAACGAUUCUUUAUUAUUUUCUGUAAACAGUUUGGGGAGGAGGAGAGAAUGUCAAAUAAACUCCAAUAACAUACACAUCAACCAUUAGGAGAGGGUGUCAAGAUCAGGAUAUAAGUCAUAAGUAUUUUUUUUACAGAUAACACCACCUGUGGUGUGACAGAAUCAUAAUCUUAAAGUAAGGCUUCACCAUAACAUUUAAUUUACUUUAAGUAUGUAGGCAUGUAGCGAGACUACUGUGACGUCAAUGCGGGUCGUAAUCCCAUUCGACGCACUCUAGCGUAUCGUUUCUGACAUAGAGGGGACGGUAGACAUGCCGUUUUUGGGACGGUAGACAUGCCAGAUACCCAAAUUACUACAAAAGUGGAAUUUUCAUAAUAUGUCCCCUUUAAGCGCAUACUAUGUUAACUAAGUUGCUCAUCAGUGAUUAAAGCCGGUCUAGUGCCCACUGAGUUAUACAGUGCUGUGAAAAAGUAUUUGCCCCCUUCCUGGUUUCUUAUGGUUUUGUAUAUUUGUCACACUUAAAUGUUUCAGAUCAUUAAACCAAUUUUUAUAUUAGACAAAGAUAACCCGAGUAAAUAUAACAUGCAGUUUUUAAAUGAUGAUUUCAUUUAUUAAGGGAAAAAAGUUAUCCAAACCUACCUGGCCCUAUGUGAAAAAGUAAUUGCCCCCCAUGAUAAAUCAUGAAUGAAUUGUAAUUAACAACACUUUUUGGAAAGCUGAAUUCAAUUUCACUAGCCACACCCAGGCCUGAUUACUGCCAGACCUGUUGAAUAAAGCAAUCACUUAAAUAGAAACUGUCUGACAAAGCGAAGUAGAGUAAAAGAUCUCAAAAAGCAACACAUCAUGCCGCGAUCUAAAGAAAUUCAAAAACAGAUGAGAAACAAAGUAAUUGACAUAUAUCAGUCUGGAAAGGGUUACGAAGCCAUUUCUAAGGUUUUGGGUACUUCAGUGAACCACGGUGAGAGCCAUUAUCCACAUAUGGAGAAGACUGGGAACAGUGGUGAAUCUUCCCAGGAGUAGCCGGCCUACCAAAAUUACUCCAAGAGCGCAUCGACGACUCAUCCAGGAGGUAAUAUAAGACCCGAGAACAACAUCUAAGGAACUCCAGGCCACGGUCAGUGUUCGUGAUUCAACAAUAAGAAAGAGACUGGGCAAAAAUGGCAUCCAUGGGAGAGUUCCACGGCGAAAGCCGCUGCUGAUCAUCACAGCAUUUCAUAAAAACAACUUCAUACCAACAGUCAAACAUGGUGGUGGUAGUUUGAUGGUCUGGUGCUGCUUUGCAGCUUCAGGACCUUGACGACUUGCCAUAAUUGAUGGAACCAUGAUUUCUGCUCUCUACCAGAAAAGCCUGAAGGACCAUGUCUGGCCAUCAGUUUGUGACCUCAUGCUCAAGCGCACUUGGGUUAUGCAGCAGGACAAUGAUCCGAAACACACCAGCAUGUCCGCCUCUGAAUGGCAAAAAAAAAUAAAAAGGAAGGUUUUGGAGUGGCCUAGUCAAAGUCCGGACGUAAAUCCCAUUGAGAUGCUGUGGCAUGACCUUAAAAAAGCCGUUUAUACUAUAAAACCCUACAAUGUGGCUGAAUUAAAACUAUUCUGUAGUUAUCGCAAAUGCUUGAUUGCAGUUGUUGCCGCCAAGGGUGGCACAACAAGUUAUUAUGUUCAGUGGGUAAUUAUUUUUCCACAAAGGACCAGGUAGGUUUGGAUAGCUUUUUUACCUUAAUAAGUGAAAUAAUGAUUUAAAAACUGCAUUUUGUAUUUACUUGAGUUAUCUUUGUCUAAAAUAAAAUUUGUUUGAUGAUCUGAAUCAUUUAAGUGUGACAAAUAUGCCAAAAAAUAACAAAUCUGGAAGGGGGCAAAUACAUUUUCACAGCACUGUAUGUCACUGAUCCUGUUUUGUUGAUGGGAUACCUUGUUCACAGCUACAUUUGUACCAAGACAUCUAUAAAAUAUAAUGAGGCGGCUGUGGCUCAAGAGGUAGAGCGGGUCAUCCUCUAAUCACGUCGCGGUUCCAUUCUCCCCCAUUUCUGCAUGCCGAAGUGUCCUCGGGCAAGAUACUGAACCCCAAAUUGCCCCUGACGGCUGUGCCGACAUUGUGUGACUGAUGUGCAUGUGUUUCACAUGGAUGCACCAUAUGAAUGUAUGAAGCACAAAUUGAGUCACGUGUGUGUGUGUGUGUGUGUGUGUGUGUGUGUGUGUGUGUGUGUGUGUGUGUGUGUGUGUGUGUGUGUGUGUGUGUGUGUGUGUGUGUGUGUGUGUGUGUGUGUGUGUGUGUGUGUGUGUGUGUGUGUGUGUGCGUGUGCAUCCUACAAUAGCGCUAUUUAUACAAAUACAAAUAAUUUAUUGUGACAUUAAAAUGGCAAAAAGCCUGGAAGAGAUGGACACAUUUUGUUCAAGUCCACUCAUAGAAAUAACGACUCCAACAAAAAUGUUUCUUUGAUUGUCUUCAAAAAACGUGUUAACUAUUCAUGUCCCUUGUAAGAGAGUGAAGCAGUUAGUGAGACCUGUUAUUUGUUAUCUGAUGUUUAAAGCAAAAAUGAUAUUGCCACAGUUUAAUUCAUCAACAGCUUUUACAGCGGAAACAUUUUUCAAAAACCACAAAACUUGAUCUUCAACCCAUGAAAGAUACAAAUAUUGGUGUUUUAAUCUCUUGUUUUACAGGUGACAUUUGUAUAUUGGGCCAGUGAACACACAUUGAACUCCUGUUGAACCCAUUCCAUAUACUUCACAGCUAACCUGACAAAUGGCACACAACAUCACUCACCACAUUUAAGGUUAGGCAUUGUUUCUCUCCAGUCGCAGACAACGAAUUGCCAAACUGGCCUUACUUGGAUCAGGGGUUACAGUUUGCAUGAGUCUGUGUGUUUCCGUGUGUUUACAGUACAGCCUCAUUUAACUGUCUACUGCUAUUUUACAACUCUGUUCGAAUCAUCAGCUUUCCUGGUAAACAGAGCUGCUGUGGAUGCUGUUCAGUGCCAGGAGAAAUAAAUCAAGUUUGUCUGACCAGAAUACAUUUUGGCAGAGGUUUGAUGUCAGCAGUAGUUAACACACACACACACACACGUAUAACAUAUUAUUUUUCACUUUAAUAUAUGUUAAUGUAAAUGUAAGAUUAUGAAACAAGGGAGAUUUCAUUAGCAGGGAGAUGUUUUUCUGUAAGAGAAGAUUUUAUAAUAUGUAUAAUAUUGAGAGUAUUUUUCUUAUUCUUGUCAUUUUAAACUACAUGAGGAGAUGCGACAAAGAUGAACACUGUGCAAGUGUGUUAACAUGAAGUGUCAGUAAAGAUGGUAUUUUUCAGAGACCAGUGUUUCCCAGUUCUAGUUCAAUUAAAUUUCUUCUAUCAUUUGUAAUGAAUGUAUGUUUACAUGUUCCAUGUUAAUCAUGGAAAUCUUGGAGUGGUUUCCCAUCUGAAGGUGUGCAUGUCCAUCAUUCCAACGUUUACAUGCUAUAAUGCCCUGACAGGUUAUGUGAGUUACAUUUUUUUCCUGACUAACAAGGAUCGAGAUAAUGGAGAGAAAAACAACUGAGUCUGGGCAAAUCUGACCAGACCACCUGUAGACCUGAAGGUCCCAGCCUCAGUGUGUGGCAAUGUUGGUGAUAUGAUUAAUUGUGAGUUGUUUGGAAAUAUGCACCAAUACAAUAAUAUCAAGUGAAAUGAGAAGGGUAAUGAAAAUUAAGUGGCUCUUGCUCUUAGACCUUACAUUAAGGUAAGGACCCAGAAUCAAUGUUGUUUAAAAACCUUAUAUUAUUCUUUUGGAAAUCUUGUGAAGUCAAACCAUCUUGAAUAGUUAGAGUACGGUUUCUUAAUAGACACAAAGUCAAUCAUUAAGGGAACAGUCCAAUAGUGUUUCCCAACUACACAGUGAGUGGAGGCAAAUACACAGACCCAGGAUAUGUUUAUACCAGCUCAAAGAAUGGAAGGGAAGUGCUUAUCUAGCUUCAAAUCGUAUCUUUAAUCUCAUAUUCAUACAUUUAAUUUAUUAUUAUUAGAUUAUGAAAAUAACGAAGUCUGUUAAGAAGCUGUUAGCUGAGGUGUUUCUUAACCAACCACCUGUUGCCAGGUGUACAGUAACUAUAUUUGUACUACAAUCUGUAUCCACUUACUAUUAAUGAAUACUGAACAUUCCCUACUGCUUUAUAUUAAAAGCAUUUACGUGCCAAAUUACAAGUAAUUUUGAUAAUUAUAAACUGCUCAGCUAUAUGCAAAGUAUUUGCCAUUUAGCUGAGCACUUCCUGCAUCAGUCAUCCAAUGUAAAUGCAAAACAAGACAAUGGUAAUUUUAUUAAGACUCUGAUUAGUUUGAAGGUGUCAGAUUGUAGUUGGAUUUUCAUUAGCAGCUGUACUUAACCAGCUCCUGUCACUGUAUCCUACUGUUCUUCUUAGGCUUUUAUUAUGUUGCCACCUUUCCUUCCUUGUAAGCUCAUCUAGGUCUUAGCUACUGUCUACAUUGUGUGACACCUAAUUCUAUAAGCGGGGGUUAACCCUAACCCUAACCCUCAUCUGAAUCUGGAUAAACUAUAAAAAAAAAACUGACUGUUCCCUAAUGAUUGGUACUGUGAUGGAGUAAACAAAUGAAGUGCCUUUCUGAAGUAAGGAUAUUUGUGUCAAAUUGGAUGUCAUGACCUCUGUGAUGUGCAGCUGAAGCACCUCAGUGCAGAUGUUUGUGUCCACAGAGAUGAUGAUGGAUCACAGCAAAACUAACACUGCACUGAACUUCACACAGGUGGUUUCUAUGGGAUUCUGUAACUUAUCUAUUAAUGUCAUUUGAGAUGAAAUAUGAUGAUUACAUAAUUAUUAUAAUUAUCAUGUAAGGUAAUAAAUCAUUACAAGGUAUAAAGAGGAUAA